AUGGCUUCCAGAGGAGCUCCAGCUGGCGCCCGAGGCCUCAACUCCCGCUUCGCGCAAUUCAAGCUUGUGUUGCUAGGAGAAUCUGCCGUUGGAAAGAGCUCUAUCGUCUUGCGCUUCGUCAAGGACCAAUUCGAUUCGUACCGGGAAUCCACUAUCGGUGCUGCCUUCCUGACCCAAACUAUCUCUCUCGACGAAAACACCACAGUCAAAUUUGAAAUCUGGGAUACUGCCGGCCAAGAGCGCUACAAAUCCCUUGCUCCCAUGUACUACCGUAAUGCCAACUGCGCGGUUGUUGUAUAUGACAUCACCCAAUCCGCUUCCCUAGAUAAAGCCAAGGCCUGGGUAAAAGAGCUUCAGCGACAAGCUAACGAGAACAUUAUUAUUGCCCUCGCAGGAAACAAGUUGGAUUUGGUCACGGAGCAACCGGACAAGAGAGCUGUGCCUGUGGCCGAGGCCGAAGCCUAUGCCAAUGAGGCAGGUUUGUUGUUCUUUGAGACCUCAGCCAAGACGGCCGAAAACGUCAGGGAUCUGUUUACAGCCAUCGCAAAGAAGCUGCCGCUGGACCAGGCUGGUCCCCGACACACUAGGCCAGGCCAGCGAGCUGGCGGUAAACCGACCUCUGCCAAAGGAAGGUCGCUUAAUGCGCUCAUGUUGCGGACAUCGUUGCGAUCCGUGAGGGCCGUCGGUAGCAAGCCCAUUGCUGCUGCCGCCGGCCGUCAAUGGCAUCCCGCGGUCGCGAGAUCUGCGAGGGUAGCUGGACUGAGAUUUUAUGCAGAUGAAAAGAAGCCGUCUAUCGAAGACUCGCAACCGGUCAAGUUGCCCAGCGUCGAGACCAACACUGCAGCCACCAGCGCGCCUGCAUUGAAGGUUGAAGCCCCCGUUGUCAAGCCCGAGGACAUUCCUUUGACACCGCCCGCUCCGGAGGACGUCGCCGCUACUCCUGUCAAGAAGAAGGGAUUCUUCCGCAGGCUUCGCAAUUACAUCAUUACUCUUGUGCUUCUAGGUGGUCUUGCAUUCGGCGGUGGUGUCUGGUACUCUCGCAUCAAUGACAACUUCCACGACUUCUUCGCCGAGUACAUUCCCUUUGGUGAACAGGCAGUGCUCUUCUUUGAGGAGAAGGAUCUCCGUAGACGCUUCCCUCGUCCCGUAGGUUCCGGCAGUCUCCACGCCAAGGAUGCCGGGGAGCAGGUCAAGAUCGGCCCCAAGAGCGGCGCAUCAUGGAGGGUAGCAGACAGCGGCGAGCAGGCCCCGAGAAUGUCGAGCGCCAUGCGUGAAGUUGCGGCCAAGCACGAGAGUGCAGCCAAGACCGACAUUCCUGCCAAGGCAGAGAAGGCAGUCAAGGCGGCAGCAAAGCCAGUUGCAGCAACAUCUGCUGUCGAGGCCAAUAACAAGGCACCCGAGGAAAAGACCAGCAAACCGAGCAACCCUGCACCGGCUUUCAAGGCUCCCGACGUUGAUGAGCCUUCUCGUUUCCCCCCUGCGUCACCAAUUGACCCCCUCUCGGUUAAGGACGCCGAAGACCCCGUCGUGCAGAACCUUGUCAAGAUGCUCAACGAUAUCAUUACGGUUGUCAAUGCCGACAAUGCCGACGAUCGCUUCUCUGCCACUAUUGGCAAGGCUAAGAACGAGCUCAACAAGGUCGGAUCUCAAAUUCGUGACAUCAAGGCUCAAAUUGAGAAGGAUGCCGCUUCCAAGGUGUCCACCAAGGUCAACGAGUUUGAGGCGGCUGCAAAUGAGCUUGUGGGUCGCGUCGAGAGAGCCAUGGCUGCUCAGGAGAGCCAGUGGCGCGAGGAGUUUGCAAGCGAGUUGAAGCGCAUUCACGAGGUUUAUGACAAGCGUGCCAAGACUGAGCUGGAGCGUGAGAAGCUGGUCAAUGAGCAGAAGCUUGAGAACCAACUCUUGGAACAGGCCGUCGAACUCAAGCGUCAGUUCAAUAAGCAAAUCAAGGAAAGUGUCGAGGCUGAGCGAAAUGGACGUCUCGGCAAGCUUGACCAGCUGAGCUCUGCCGUUCGGGAGCUGGAGCAACUCACGACUGGCUGGAACGAUGUGGUUGACACCAACCUGCGUACGCAGCAGCUUCACGUAGCCGUCGAGGCGGUCCGUGCUAGUCUCAAUGACAGCGAGCACCCGCGUCCAUUCGUCCGUGAACUCGUCGCUCUCAGAGAAAUUGCCUCUGACGACGAGGUCGUCAAUGCCGCCAUUGCUUCCAUCAACCCAUCCGCUUACCAGCGUGGUGUCAGCCCACCAUCGCAGCUCAUUGACCGUUUCCGCCGUGUCGCUUCCGAGGUUCGCAAGGCCAGCCUGCUUCCCGAUGAUGCUGGCGUUGCUAGCCACGCCAGCAGCUGGGUGUUGAGCAAGGUGAUGUUCAAGAAGGAGGCUCUUCCCACUGGUGACGAUGUCGAGAGCAUCCUCACUCGGACACACACGUACCUUGAGGAGGGAGACCUAGACAGAGCAACCCGUGAGUUGAACGGACUGACUGGUUGGGCAAAGACUCUAAGUCGAGACUGGCUGGCCGAGGCCAGAAAGGUACUCGAGGUUCAGCAGGCACUCGACGUUAUUUCAACCGAGGCAAGACUGCAGAGCUUGAAGGUGGAGCAGUAA